UACACCCUUUCCCUCUCCUGCUGCUCAAGGAGCCGGCUGCCACCAUGAAUGACACUGUAACCAUCAGAACCAGGAAGUUCAUGACAAACAGACUUCUUCAGCGAAAACAGAUGAUUAUAGAUGUCCUUCAUCCUGGAAAGGCCACAGUGCUCAAGACUGAAAUUCAAGAAAAACUGGCUAAGAUGUACAAGACAACUCCAGAUGUCAUUUUUGUCUUUGGAUUCAGAACCCAUUUUGGUGGUGGCAAAACAACAGGCUUUGGCAUGAUUUAUGAUUCCCUUGACUAUGCAAAGAAGAAUGAACCAAAACACAGACUUGCAAGGCAUGGCCUGUAUGAGAAGAAAAAGACAUCCAGAAAGCAGCGAAAGGAAAGCAAAAACAGAAUGAAGAAAGUCAGGGGUACUGCAAAGGCAAAUGUUGGUGCUGGCAAAAAGAAGGACUAAAA